GAUGGCUUCUAAACCCGUCCACUUGUGCCGCUUUGGAUCAAGGGAACUGAGAUGGCCUAUCCGCAAGUACAGCAUAUACAAGUCUACUACAAGUGUCGGAGGCGUUAAACUCAAAUGAAUGCAAAGUAAAAACCACAACAAAUAGGAGACUGUGACACUGUAUUAUACGAGCAGUACAUCUGCAGAUAAAGUAACAAUGAUUCUUUCUGCUAGAAACUGGAAGAUUGUGUUUACAUACCGUUGGAAUUUGAAAGUAUAUGGUAAAUCUAUUCAUCAGAGAUUUUGCCACAACAGUUUGGCAGAAUCUUACAUCUCAGAAGGGUCUGUUUAUGUCCAUUGGCCGUACUGUAGACAGAGGUGCACUUACUGCAAUUUCGUUAAAUUUAUCCCGCACCAGAAGUCGCAGUGGACGUUGCAAAAUGAAGUCCUGGAAGAUGCAAUGGUUAAGGAACUUCAGAAUGCACUUCGGAGUUCGUACAUCUCUACAAUCAAAAGCGUGUUCUUUGGAGGAGGUACUCCAUCUUUGGCGCGUCCACACUUGAUUGAAAAGAUCAUGAAUGCAGUUCAGGGGACUUGCUCUGUAACGAAGAAUGCAGAAAUUACUCUAGAAGUAAAUCCAACACCACAAGAAUCUGUCAAGUUGAAAGAUUUCACGUCAGCAGGGAUAAACAGGGUUUCACUUGGAAUACAGGCUCUUGAUGACAGCAGUUUGAAGUUCUUCAAUCGUGAUCAUAGUGUGGAAGAAGCACUGAAGUCAAUUGAAUAUGCAAAGAAACUUUUUCCAGGUCGUGUUUCAUUAGAUCUAAUAUUCGGAAGGCCUAGACAGACACUUAAAAGGUGGAUGGAUGAACUCCAUAAAGUACUAAAUGUAUGUGAUAAUCACUUAUCUUUGUACCAGUUAACAGUAGAGAGAGGAACAAAAUUACAUCGGCAGGUGGCUGCAGGUUAGUUUUUGUGUAAAAUCUUGUAUCCUAAUAAGCAUUAUAUCUCCGUCCCCAUGUUGACCGUGUCAGUCUGUGUGAUACAUUAUGGUAAUGUUUCAGUGUAUUUUCU